UGCAAGAAACAACUUCUUGGCCAGAAGCUUAUAGAAGCUAUAACAUCGGACAACUCUUCUACGUGGAACAAGCCACAAAAUGCCUUCGCGCAAUUCCCUGAGAUCGAAUCUCCAAAGAAUAUCAAAAAAUAAAUCAAGAGAGCCUUUGCAAUGCGACUUUACCCCAGAAAUAUCUACUCCCAGCGAAUCUCCGCCACUCGGUAGCAAAGAAGCCGCUUCAAGACGGGGAACAAAACCAAUAAUUCAGGAAAAAAUCAAAGCCUCUGAUCCUAGGCAUUUUGAUCAAUCCACUAUUGAAAACGUCUUCAGAGAAAUAGAAAGAAAUGCUCAUUUCCGAGCGUCCCGAAAGAAAAGGAAUGCUGGUAUAUUCCGAUCCAAUUUCUCUGAUAUCGAAACAACUCCUGUUCCUAAUACUAUUUUGGAAGGUCCUGACUUCAAGAGCUCUCAAUUUUUUGGAUUCUUCAUCUUGUUUUGGCUCGGAGUUGGCUUCCUCAUUUUGAAAAGUCUCCUACAUAGUUGUAUUGAUCGAAAAACGGCGUUGUAUAAGGCGCCCGUCUUCGAAAUCUUCACCACAGGCUUGUUUAAAAUUGCAUUCACGGAUAUCUUGAUGUACUUAUCGAUUUAUGCAGUUUAUUUUAUACAAGUGCUCUGUCGUCUCAACACCAUUCAAUGGAGAAAGACAGGCAGACUCAUCACCUCCAUUUAUGAGCUAUGCUUUCUCGUAUUUUGGGGAUAUUUCAUUUGCGAGCGUCUAAUGAAAGACCAGUGGAUAGGAAGAGUGUUCUUGGUUCUUCAUAUGUUUGUUCUUUUGAUGAAAAUGCACUCUUAUGCGUUUUACAAUGGUUACCUUUGGAAGAUUUUGAGAGAAGUCCAGUUCUCAGAGGACUACUACGAAAGACUUCGCAACGGCUCUGUGGAACUUCCUGAGGGCUUCCAGCUUGAGGCAACAAAAAGUCUAAUCAUGGAGUCAAUUGCUUUCUGUAAAUUUGAGUUGUUACAUCAAUCCGUGGCUCUUGAAAAGGCUAACGAACGAGGUGUUUUGGAAAAAGACUCGAAAGAAUUGUGCUCCCAUUUGGUGAAAUUUCCCAAGAAUAUCAACGCAAAGGACUUUUUCAUGUACACUAUGUAUCCUACUGUCCUGUAUGCGCUUGUUUUACCAAGGAAGCUAGAAAUAAGGAAAAAGUUUCUAUUCGAAAAACUAUGUGCUCUUGUUGGGGUAAUAUUACUCAUGUUGAUAAUUGCUGAUGAGUCAAUUUACCCUUUGGUAAUUAGGUGCAACAACUUCAGAGCAACGAAUGCAUCAAUUCAAGAAAAAAGUUUUUUUGCGCUAUUUGCUUUGAUUGAUUUGAUACCACCCUUCACCAUGGAGUACAUGUUUGUAUUUUAUCUCAUUUGGGAUGUUAUUUUAAGUGCAAUUGCCGAAGUCAGCAAAUUUGCAGAUCGCGACUUCUACGGUCCUUGGUGGUCUUGUACAGAUUGGUUGCAAUUUGCCCGUUAUUGGAACAAGCCGGUACAUGUGUUUUUACAUCGUCAUGUUUACCACUCAUCAAUCAGCGCAUUCUCGCUUUCCAAGACUACUGCUGGGUUCAUAACCUUUUUGAUUUCCAGUGUUGUUCAUGAAGUUGUAAUGUAUGUUAUUUUUGGGAGGGUUAGAGGAUUUUUGUUUCUCCUUCAAAUGGCACAGAUUCCAUUGGUACUCAUAAGUCAGUCCAGGCUCUUGCGUGACAAAAAAGUCUUGGGAAAUGUCGUGUGCUGGUUUGGUUUUGUAACGGGGCCCCCAAUGAUAUGCAUUCUUUACCUAAUUUUCUAGAAAUAAUACUUAGUGAUAUUAAGAAUCUUGUUAUACACUUGUUGAUGCUUGAUGGCCGACCGACCUCUUAUCGAUUCGCGUCUACUGCAUCUUUCUUUAGAGUCAAGGAUCUCAUACUUAACUUUGCAAAAAAUU